AUGGUUGUCAUUGAGCUUAAUGUGCUGGCAGCGUUCUAUGUUCUUGGAUCUGUAGUUGCUAUUUAUGCCAUCAAGAGAAUAGCAAAGGCUUUAGUCUUAUGUGUCCAACCUAUUCCAAAAUUCUUUGUUGUUCCUCCUAAAGAGGCUGAUUUUGGUUGGAAGCCUUCCAAGGGACCAACUCAGAUAUCCUCAGUCCGAGAUCCUAAAAACCCAGCCAAGAUUAUCUGCUACGAUCCAGCUACUGGAUAUUCGCUGGGCGAAAGGGAUAUUGUCUCUCCAGAGCAGGUCAAGUCAAUCGUUGAUAAGGCUCGCAUUGCUCAACAAAUAUAUGCAACUACUACGUUUGAGCAGCGUCGAACUCUUCUCCGCAGUUUACUCGACUGGAUCGUUGACAACCAGGAUUUAAUCUGUCGUGUUGCCACCAGAGAUUCUGGUAAAUCACUUAUCGAUGGAAACUUUGGCGAAAUUUUAACUACCUGUGAGAAGCUGCGAUGGACCAUUCAGCAUGGUGAAAAUGCUUUGCGUUCAGAAGUACGUGAGCCUGGUAUGGUCAUGGUGCACAAGAUUCCCCGUGUUGAUUACUUACCGAUCGGUGUAAUGGGAUGCAUUGUAAGCUGGAAUUACCCGUUUCACAAUGUGUUUGGUCCAGUAGUGAGUGCUCUCAUGGCGGGUAACGCUUGCGUUGUUAAAUGCUCUGAACAAGUCGCCUGGAGUACCACCUUUUGGCAAUCCAUUAUAUCUGCUGCGCUCACUGCUAAUAAUAUUAGUGAGGAUCUGGUUGUAUUCAUGAACGGGUUUGGUGAGACUGGACAAGCAUUGGUCGAUGCUGCUGACAAGAUUACGUUUAUUGGCUCUCCUGGAGUUGGGAAAAUUAUUAUGAAGCAGGCAUCCCACACAUUGACACCUGUGAUUUUAGAACUUGGAGGAAAAGAUUGUGCACUUGUGUUUGAUGACUGUGACUAUGAACAGUUUCGUCAUAACUCAAUGCGUUAUAGUUUUCAAAACUCUGGUCAAAAUUGUGCUGGUCUUGAACGGGUUAUUAUCCACGAGUCGUUGUAUGAUCGGUAUAUCAGCGACACCAUCGAGACUAUUAGGAAAUUGCGUGUCGGUGCUUCACUCCAUGAAGAGGUUGACUGUGGUGCCAUCACCAUGUUUUCGCAGAUUGGAAUUAUACAGUCACUUGUUGACGAUGCUAUCAAGAUGGGUGCAAAAGUCCAGAUUGGCGGCAGCACUUAUAAAAAUCCCAAUUUUCCUUACGGACAAUAUUUUACUCCUACUCUUCUGACUGGUAUCACAACUAAAAUGCGUAUUUCGCAAGAGGAAAUUUUUGGACCUGUGUUGAUGGUUAUGAAAUUCAAGACAGAAGAGGAAGCUAUUGCUCUCGCCAACUCAUCUCCUUUUGGUCUUGGGAGUGGUGUAUUCACUCUUGAUAUCCAAAAGGGAGAACGUGUUGCUCGCAAACUGCGUGUUGGUUUCUCAAAUAUCAAUGAUUUUGGUGUCAACUAUCUUUGUCAAGGUCUUCCAUUUGCUGGUGUUGGCAUAUCUGGUAUUGAUCGAUUUGCUGGUGUUGAAGGUCUUCGCGGAAACUGCCAUCCUCGUGCCAUGACUAGCGAUAGAUUUAACUUUAUGGGAGUCCGUACUACUUUGCCCCAAUUGCUGCACUAUCCUAUUGUACCAGCAGGAAAGGAAUUUCAAGAAAGUCUGAUUCAGAUGCUUUUUGCACUUAAUCCUGUUUCUCGAGUCAUUGGAUUGAUGCGUGUUGCCAAAAUAUCUAUUCUUGGCCAUGCAUAAGCCACUUUUUAUUUGAGUAUCCAUUACAAUCAAAAAAUGAUUAUUGUAUCUCAAUUCUUGUUAUGCUUGUCUCAUUCGACUAUUUUGAAUUAAACUAUCCUCUAGUCAGUAUAG